AUGCAAAGUGAACAUCGACAGUCCUAUGGAACGAUGUCGAUUUCGAAUAUAACUAUAGAUACCAAUGAGAUUGUUACUGGUAAACAUCGAUUGACCGUUGAAUGUAAUGCUAGAAAUGACGAAGGAACCACAUCUAAGCAGCAUGUGAUCAAGAUUCUUGCUCCCCCAUUGCCUCCACGAAUUACGGGUCUUGAGGAAGGCAUACAUUUGGAAGGACUUGUGCUCAAUGUGAGCUGUGAAGCUCAUGGUGGAAAUCCACUAGCUGAUAUCUCUUGGUAUAGAGGAUACGAUAAGAUAUCCGGUGCACGUGCGUCGGUUUCCGGCGAUUCGGCCAUCUCAGCUCUUUCAAUCAUUCUCGAUAGAACUAUGAACGGUCAGCGUCUCAAGUGCGAAGCGAUGAACUCGGCGUUGGACGAACCUCUUGUGGAUUCCAAACAAAUGACUGUUCUCUUUCAACCGAGACGAGUUGUAAUUCGGACACCGGAAGGCACCCGUCAUCAGCUUUUAGCUGGUGAAGAAGCGAAAUUGCAUUGUCUGGCCGCUGGAUCAAAUCCACCUGCUCAGAUCACAUGGAAUUUUCACCCAAACGGAGAGCCGAAUCCACUGGUAUUCACUGGAGAGACAAUAUUGAAUGAGACAUCACGCGAUGCCGGCCACACCAUCGAGAAUGCGGUUACUUUCACACCGACUGAGGAGUACGAUGGAACACUCGUACGAUGUAUUGCAAGCAAUCCAUUAUGGCCCACUUCGAAGAACGUCACAUAUCCCUUGAACGUCCUCUAUUCGCCUCGAUUACUAGUGAACAGCCCAAUCAUUAUUGUUGUGGCUGAAGGUGAAUCGUUUCGAGAGAACCUCACCGUGAAAGGAAAUCCGCCGGUUUCUGCCUGGCGAUGGCGUAAAAAUGGCAUACCGUUCGAUCACACCAUUGGAAACGUAUUUGCACGUGGAGCCACCCUUUCUGGACGAAUUGUGAAGGUUAUCAGCAUCUCAUCUCCGAUAAUCGCAUCAGAAGGUGAACUUGUUGUACUAGAGUGCGAAGCCGACGGCGAGCCUCGUAAGCCGAAUAUGGUGCGAUGGAUUAGAAACGGGCAAGAGAUUCCCGCUAUAAGGAAGAGUGAGACUCAUGUGUCGCUGCGACUGAACGCUACGAAAGAAGCCGCAGGGCAAUACGUCUGCCGAGCUGACAACGGUAUCGGAUUUCCAGGAGAGGGAACGGCCUACCUCUUGGUGAACACUGCACCUAAGAUCAUGGCUCUACCUUUUCUUUCACGAGCUGCUGGACCUUUAGGAGGACGUGCUCGUGCUCGAUGUCGUGCUCAUGCUGUCCCUGAUGCGGAUUUCGUUUGGGAUCGAGCAGGCGAGAUUAUUCAAGGCAAUAACACGAAAUACGGAAUGUUCUCAAUACAACUCGACUAUUCUACAUUCGAAAGUACUUUAUGGAUAAGCAACUUAUCACCGGACGAUUACUCUCACGACAUUAGAUGUACGGCAAGAAACAGCUUUGGAACGGACAGCAUUCAUAUUCCGAUUGGACCACCCUCUCCACCGGAUGCCCCGCUCGAUAUUCACAUUGGACCACCCUCUCCACCGGAUGCCCCGCUCGAUAUUCACGUUACAAAUGCAACUUCGAAUACGAUUUCGAUAUCAUGGACACCCGGUUUUGAUGGCGGUUCUGACCAGACAUUUGAAGUCAGAUAUCAGAAGGAUGGUGAAGAAGGAAUGCAUGGCGUCAACACUUCACAUUCAAAUCUUCGGUUGUCUGGGCUAGCACCAUCUUCUAUAUAUCUAUUUCAACUGCGAUCUAUCAAUAGCCGAGGAUUCUCUUCUGAUUUGACCCGACCGCCGGCAGCCUUCGCGACUUUACGUGAAGACGGUAUGGGUGUCGCUGUGAUGUCCGGCAGGAAGGAAUCGAUUCCUCGGCCAGUGAUUAUGCUGCUCGCCAUCGGAGGAACUCUUCUACUGCUGUUUAAUUGUCUUCUUCUUUGUUAUCUCCAACGACGUAACAGGAAAAAGAAGAUUCAGGAAAAGACUGAGAUGGUACGAACGGCGAUCAAUGGCGAAGGUGUACGGCCAGUACAAAUGUACGGAACGAUGUUGCAGGCCGAGGGAGGUGUCCGAUACGAACGCGACGAGCACGACAUUCCUGAGGCGAGUGAGGACGAUCACAGCGUACGAACAAUGAUUGCCGAGGGAGGUGUCCGAUACGAACGCGACGAGCACGACAUUCCUGAGGCGAGUGAGGACGAUCACAGCGUACGAACAAUGAUUGAAGUGAAUCCCAACGGUUACAUGCAACAAAUCGACCCGUCCAUUUAUGAACGAAAUUGUCUUGUUGAAUAUGAAUUCGAUCAACCAAUUGAUUUAGCUCGAGAUUAUCCCGGCAGUAGGCAUGGAACGAUGGGUAGAAGUGGAACGGGCACGUACACGAACAUGCCUUAUCCGGAACCGCCACACGACACGUCAAUGUAUUCGGAUCGUUCAAUUUCACGACGUCAGUACAUUCCGAAUAAUAAUAACAACAACAAUAGUCCUCAACAUCUUCUUUCGACGUUCAUCCAACCGACCGGAGUACGCCCUGGACCGCUCUCCUAUUCCCAGCUUGACGGCGAUUUAGUCUAG